AUGGGAGAGAGUGGCGGCAGCUUUUCUAACCUUUUUGAGGAAUCGGAGUUCGGAGACCCCAACCAGCUAGCAGGAGCUUCUUCUCCAGAAGAUCUCUUUAGCAUCUUAGAGAUUCUAGAGGGUGCCCCAGACUUCAAUUCCUUAACUUCUUUCGAUGAAACUACUGCUCUCAUUAGCCCCAAACUUAGCACUACCUCUUCGACUAAUAAUGCUGCUUUCCAAGAAUAUUCCGAGAUGGAAGCCGACACUGAAAUGGAUAUCAGAGGCGAAGCAGAAGCAUCCGACGCUGCCGCUCGUAAGCGGCGAAAGCUAUCAGAGACGACGUCGAUGGAGGAUGAAGAAACCAACCCAGAUGGACAACCAAGAAUGACUCACAUUGCUGUGGAAAGGAACCGUAGGAAGCAGAUGAACGAGAACCUCUCAGUCUUGCGUUCCCUCAUGCCUUGCUUUUACGUUAAACGAGGAGAUCAAGCAUCAAUAAUAGGAGGAGUGGUGGAUUACAUCACUGAGUUGCAACAAGUUUUAAAGUCAUUAGAAGCAAAGAAGCAAAGGAAAGUUUACAGUGAAGUUCUAAGCCCAAGGGUACUUGUUUCAGCUGGUAGUCCAAGACCCUUAUUACCUCUGAGCCCAAGAAAGCCACCACCACCACCAUCCCCUUUAAGUCCAAGACUGAACCUACCCAUUAGUCCAAGGACCCCUCAACCAGGGAGUCCUUACAUGUCAAGAAUGCAACAACCAUCUGGUUACCUCUCACCUACCACCACCACCAUGACUACUAAUAACUGCCAUGAACCCUCCCCAACUUGUUCUUCUUCUUCCUCUUCUCUUGAUAAUGUGAAGGAACUAGCUGCAAACUCGAAAUCAAUCAUUGCAGAUGUAGAGGUUAAAUUUUCGGGAACAAAUGUUCUGUUAAAGACCAUAUCCCCUAGGAUUCCUGGUCAAGUUGUGAAGAUAAUUGCUGCCUUGGAAGGACUUGCACUUGAGAUUCUCAAUGUGAGAAUUAGUGUUUUUGAUGAUACCAUGCUUAAUUCCUUCACCAUUAAGAUUGGAUUUGAAUGUGAACUUAGUGCGGAAGAACUGGCACAUGAAAUUCAGCAAACCUUCAGCUAGCUAAUAAGCUCUAAUAAUAAAGACUGCCUUUGUCUAUCACUUGUGUGAUUGGUAG